AUGUCGAUGGAUAACCCUCGCAUAUCCCCGUACUAUGUCACGUUGUCCAGAAUAGCUGACUUCAUGGGCCCUAACCUCUGGAAACAGCACGAAAAGGCUAUUGAAGACUGUACCAAAGCACUAGAACUUAAUCCUAAUUAUCUCAAAGCACUUUUAAGGAGGGCAGAAAUGUAUGAAAAGACUGAAAAAUUAGAUGAGGCAUUAGAGGAUUACAAAAAAGUAAUUGAAAUGGAUCCAACACAACAUACUGCAAGGGAAGCAUGUAUUCGAUUGCCACAGCAAAUUACAGAAAGAAAUGAGAAAAUGAAAGAUGAAAUGAUGGGAAAGUUAAAAGAACUGGGGAACAUGGUACUAAAGCCCUUUGGAAUGUCUACUGACAAUUUCAAAUUACAUCAAGAUCCAAGCACAAGUUUUCCAUGUAUUUGUCCAGUCAGAAGAAGCUGCAAUUAGAACUUUUCUAAAAUAGAGAACAUAGCUGGCUUCAUCAUCCUUUAGAUGCCUUAAAUAGUUUAGCUCAGUAGCAAGAUUAUUCUGAUAUUUAUCAACUUGUUUAAAAGGUUACCACACAGCAGAUAUUCUUAACAUAAGCCAACAAAAAACUAUAAAGGAUAAAGAUAAGAAUUUGCUUGAUUGGCAAAAUGACUGCUCAGGCCUUUAUUUUUUAAAUAUUAAUUUAAGGUGAUUUUAAAAUAUUUACUGCCAAAAUGAAGCCUUGAUGCCCAUUUCUUGUCUGUCUACAUAAGGAAGCAGUGCUGUGUCAUCAAUAGGUGCUGAUGGUGAGAGAAAAUCUGAUUGUGAAUAGAGAAAUACAAGACGCCUUUUAAACUUUUUGAGCAAGCAGGAAAGAAAAGACAUCUAUUUACCCAAGAGAAAGAAAUGCAGAUUGUCCUUAGAGUACAAUUCUUUUUAUAUCUGUUCGAGUUAAAGAAAACAAUUUAUGGCCUCAUUCACAGUCUCAUUUGAGUUGGUUGUAGUUCACUUGAAUAAAAGACUGAUUGCAACAAUAAA